AUGGUUUCAUACCUUCGAGAAUGCAUUGUGCUAACAGGAUCUCUACUUAACAUGGCUACUGGAAGUCUAUCAAUUGCUAUGAUUUGUCUGCGAAGCUAUUGGAAAGAAAUGUCUAGUAUUAUUAUAAUUGCGUGCUCAUCGAUGCUAUGCGGCAUAUGCCAAUUGAUGCAGUUAGGUCUGCGAUACAGAUUACUAAAAACUCUAAAUACAUUGAUCACUAUAACGAUUCUGGUAACGUUCGGAGCGUCUGUGUCACACUGUUAUUAUUUGCUGCACAAUUUCAAGAUAGAAGAGCUAAAUAUUCCCUUGAUGAGAGCACAUCUGGGAGUUCUACUGGCUGCCAUGCUAUUGGGUGGAAUGCAAUUGAAUAUCAUUAUGCUCGAACCUGUUCCGAAACAAAACGUCACUGAUGUCGAAAAAGAGGCACCUACUACCUACGCUAAAGGAGAUAUCAAAGUGUGCAAUCAAACCAGAGAGAGAUUCGUUUCCUUAAAGGCAAGUGCACAGACGCUGACACCUGAGCUUGAAAUCGCUAUCGAAAAAAACUGGAUGAAUGAAUACCCAACUAAUUAUUCCGGUUCUGAUGCUACAUCAACACCUUCUGUCAUCAAACAUAAGCUACCUUAUCAAAGCGUCGUAGAUGCAUCCAACCACACGCUCAAAAGUAAAUUAAAAAAUUCCUCGUUCACCGCCAUUAGUCCCACAUCAAAGAAACAGGUUUUCGAAAAAAUACAGAGGAAGUUCUCCAUCAAAUCACCUACUGAUAAAGAUAAACAGAGUCCUUCUAACCCAAGGACCCCUGAAUCCAUUUCUUAUUUGGAAACUGAAAUAGACGCGAAGUACGUCACGCGACUAUCAACCAUUCCAGAUGUAUCUAAAAGUUAUCUUAACAUACUGAAACAAACUAACGAAGUUAAUAGUGCGAGGUCAGUGUGUUUAUAUGACUCUGAUGAUAUAGAUGGCAAUCUCCUGAAAAUGGAAAAGGAUGCAAUUAAUCUUUAUAAUAGUGUGCUACUCCCAUCUAUCUUGCAUAAUCCGAAAGCAUUAGAGCCCACAGUUAAUUCAUCGCCACCUGGAAACGAAGUAGUCAAAUACAAUGAUAUGAGGGAUUCGGCUCCGUCGAAUCAAAAUGAGGAGGAAAGUGAUGAUGUUUUAGAACAAUUACUAGAAAAUGAUUUGCAAAUUCAACCGGAGCACGCCGUAUAUUCUACUCAAAACUCAGUGUCUCAGCCAGCCUUGAAUACGGAUAUCGGUAACAGCACAAUUACGAUUGAUUACUGGAACAAGAAUAAAGACAUGCUGUUGAACAGAGAAAAGGAUCACACACAACCAGCUGAUCAAUUAUACCCCGCCUUCGAUAUUGACACCAGCUUCAGCUUCCCACUGAAAAAGACUACCUUCCCCCAAGGCCAUGAAAUGUACGACGGUGACGAUGAGGUGAUGAGUUUUGUCGACAGAGCAAUUCACCCUCAUGAAACUGGGUUGAUGGAAGAAGGCUUGAAACAGAACACAUCUCCAAUAGUUCCGGCGUUGUAUUCCCACAUAGAACAUUCCCCAACAAAGUCCAUUUCAUCAAUUGUCACUGCCAUCAGAACCCCUAUUAAGUUCAAUUCUGGUGCGUUUUCUACGCAAGACGGAAGAGACGAUUCCCAAAUAUCCCUUUACUUAAGUAACAAUAACUCAAGGCAAUUAAGUUCUGUGCAAUCAUCGCCAACUAGGUUGAAGAAAAGACUAAGUCAAAGACUUUCAAGAACUAAUUUGAGAAACGACGAAGAAUCACAUGGUAACAUGCAUUUCCACUCCAAGUCAUUAACCCUAACAAGCUUCCAUCAACAUCAACACUCAAAUUCCAACUCUGUUAACAACAUUGAUUUGUCAUAUGUACAUUCACUGCAACAGAAACAUUCACCCCAAAAAUCAAUAUCAACACUCAACGCAAGAAGAAGAAGCUCGAUAUACCAGCCAGUAAACGAUUUUAGAGUGUCUACUACUAAUCUACCAAAAGCAGAUUGUCCAAUUGAUGAUCUUCAAGCGCCAUCAGAUUUAGAAUCGUUUGAUAUCAAAGAAGAAGAUGGUAAUUUCGGUAGUUCCUUGAGUUUCCAUGCAGAAACGGAAUAUUCUGGAAUGGACACGGGGUUGAGUGAAUACGAUAGGGAAAAGCUCUCGAUUCUUCUUAACCGACAGCAGAUCCACAAUAAGUAA